UCCAGGGGGCACCUUUGGGACCUGGCAUAGAAUCCUAGCGCGUCAUCAGCCUAGCUAUCCUCAGCCCGAACACAAACAAGCACUGGGUUCUCCACAGACCGAUCCCAGCCGCAGAGCCCCGCUGCCUCUUUCCCCCUCCUCUGAGAACGCGCAGCCGGUUCACGUCACCGCGGCGGAGCGGGUGGGUGGGGUUUGCUGCACGGCGGCCGCCGCGGUGGAGGCUAGUGGGUCCUCCGGUGACUCUGGGGCGGGGCUGUGGGGAGGGUGCCCACCGACUGCAGGACUUCUCAGGAAUGGGGGGUGUGGCUGGUCGACCAGCAUCUUCCGGGUGGGAGAAAGGGUCCGCUAUUACCGGCGGCGCUACCUCCAAGGCCUGCUGCUAGAGAUGCUCUUCCUCUCGUUUUAUGCAGGCUCUUGGGAAAGCUGGAUCUGCUGCUGCUGUGUGAUUCCCGUGGACAGACCUUGGGACCGGGGCCGGCGCUGGCAGCUGGAGAUGGCGGACACACGAUCAGUGUAUGAAACUAGGUUUGAGGCGGCCGUGAAGGUGAUCCAAAGUUUGCCGAAAAAUGGAUCAUUCCAGCCAACAAAUGAAAUGAUGCUCAGGUUCUACAGCUUCUACAAGCAGGCAACUGAAGGACCCUGUAAACUCUCAAGGCCUGGAUUCUGGGAUCCUAUUGGAAGAUAUAAAUGGGAUGCUUGGAGUUCCCUGGGUGAUAUGACUAAAGAAGAAGCCAUGAUUGCAUAUGUCGAAGAAAUGAAAAAGAUUAUUGAAACUAUGCCCAUGACCGAGAAAGUAGAAGAGUUGCUACAUGUUAUAGGUCCAUUUUAUGAGAUUGUAGAAGACAAAAAGAACAGCAAGAGUUCUGACUUGACCUCAGAUCUUGGUAAUGUUCUGACCUCUUCAAAUGCCAAAGCUGUUAAUGGUAAAGCAGAGAGCAGUGAUAGUGGGGCUGAGUCUGAGGAAGAAGAGGCCCAGGAAGAGUUAAAAGGAGCAGAACAGAGUGGCAGUGAUGAUAAGAAAAUGAUGACAAAAUCAACAGAUAAGAAUUUGGAAAUCAUUGUUACCAAUGGCUAUAAAGAUAGCUUUGCUCAGGACAGUGACAUUCAUACCGAUUCUUCCCGGAGUGCCAGACGAAGUGAAGACAAAAAGCCUACAGACCAGAGCUCUCAGCAGACAGGAAACACUGUCCUCUGCGUUCACCAAGAUACAAACGAAGACCCCGGUGAAGACGCUUCAGGAGUACAUCAUCUGACAAGUGACUCAGAUAGUGAAGUAUACUGUGAUUCUAUGGAGCAAUUUGGACAAGAGGAGUAUUACUUAGGUGGUGAUCCUGCUCAGCACUUGGAAGGUUCUGGUUUUUGUGAAGAUGCUCAACUCUCUCCUGGGAAUGGCAGCAUUGGGAAAAUGCAGAUGAGAGCAGUCAAGGGAAAAGGUGAAGUGAAGCACGGAGGAGAAGAUGGCAGAAGUAGCAGUGGAGCGCCGCACCGCGAGAAGAGAGGCGGAGAGAGUGAGGACUUCUCCAGUGUCAGGAGAGGGAGAGGGCAUAGAAUGCCACAUUUGAGUGAAGGAACCAAGGGUCGGCAAGUAGGAAGUGGAGGUGAUGGAGAACGCUGGGGCUCAGACCGAGGGUCCAGAGGCAGCCUCAAUGAGCAGAUCGCUCUUGUGCUCAUUAGACUGCAGGAGGACAUGCAGAAUGUUCUUCAGAGACUUCAUAAACUGGAAACACUAACUGCUUCGCAGGCGAAAUUAUCAUGGCAGACAAGUAAUCAGCCCUCCUCACAGAGACCAUCUUGGUGGCCCUUUGAGAUGUCCCCUGGUGCAUUAGCUUUUGCUAUUAUAUGGCCUUUUAUUGCUCAGUGGUUGGUGCAUUUGUAUUAUCAAAGAAGGAGAAGAAAACUAAAUUGAAGACAUGGCAUUUUACUCAAGAAGACUGCUGGGCCUGGAUGACCUAAGAGAUGGAUUGGAAAUGAAGUGGAAUUCACAAGAAAAUCUCAGUUUGUGAUGAUUACAUUUCUUUUUUUGUCCAGUAGUUUGGUUUAUAUACAUAAAUAUUCUUUGCACUACACAAGAUGAUAACAAUUUAAAGACUAAUAUUGCUGAUACUUGAAAAAUCAAUCUCAACUAGAUUUUAAGUGGCAUCCAUAGACUUACUCUUUUUGAGCUUGAAGGACUUUAAAUUAUUAAUUAUUGUUCAGUAACAAUCACCUGAUUUUCUCCCAUAAGAAUUAUAAGCUGCAUUUCUAAGGCAUAGCUACAAUUAUGAGAUAUAAUUUAUAAUUUUUACUUUUCUAAAUUAAAUACAAGAAAGAAUACAAAAACAAGCGUGGCUUUUAAAUGAGGCUAAAUCAAUUGUUUCAGUCACUGAAGUGUCAGCCAUGUAGCAGAAAACUGACGGAAGAAUCCUUUACAUUCUUUGUGGUCUGUACAGAAGACUGGGCUCUAUUUAGUGGCUUGAUUUCCCUGGCUUGCUCAGGGGAACUCAGAAAAUCACCGCCCUUGUACUGUGCUUACUGUUUACAAACGAUCCAAUGAACAGACUGGAAGAUGGAGAUGGUGAAGAAUAGGCCUCAUGCCAGCUCUACAGAUGGUUAAUCAGAUUUUAUCCAGCCAUACCCACUUUAUCCUCUGGAACCAUUUUUUCUUUAAGUGAGGAUAUCUACUGUCUGCUUCAUAGGGUGCUUUGCAAUAAAAUGAAAACUUAUUUAUACUGUUUUUACUAAGGUAACAAUCGCAUGAAAAUCCUUUUUUCUCCAAGUGGUAAAUGACAGUCUGGAUUCCUAACCUCUUAGUGCCUCAGUUUUCCGGGGUAUACUUCACAAGGUAUCAGAAGUACCUUCAGUCCACAGGUCUCUACGUCCACGUAAUUAAGGAAUGCCUAACUAAUGGAAACUUAUUUCCUUCUAGCCAUUAGAACAAAAGGAAGAUUAAUUUAGAUCCUGGGAGACUAUAUUUGAAAAAUAAUCUUCCUUGUGUACUUACCCAAACCUGUGCUAGGAAAUAUACUUUAUGCUUUGAAGAUUUAACUUAAAAACUUUAUAGCAAACCCUUUUCUGCUUUUCCUUUGGAGAUAGUGUUGGUAGCUCAUGCCAACCCCCGGUUCACUGUGUAGUUAAAGAGGACCUUGAACACCUGAUGGUCCUAUCUCUACUGCUUUUCAGUUUCUGGGCCACAGGCAUGUACCAGGGUAGCCAGCUUGGAUAGUAAAACAUUUUAAUUUGUUCUUGUUUUUAAUGAUGCUGGGGGCAUUAGCAUUGAGUACUGAAUUAUUUUCAGUAAGAGGGAAAGAAUCCAUCUCCAGAAUAUAGAAUUUUUCUUAAAAAAAAAAAAAGUAUGAGAACUUAAUUUGCUUGUCCUAGACUUUACAAGAAAAUUUUUAAAAAGUGUAACUACAUUUUAAAAUUGUGUAUCACAACUUGGUUUAUCUGCCUAAAACGAUCUACUAGCUGUUGCUUAUGAUUAAAAAAAAAAGCAAGUAACUGAAUUAUUAUGGAAAACUUUAGACCUGUGGAGUGGUUUUAAAUUACAAAAGAAGUUGGUAUGAUAAAGUGAUGGCUUUUUUCUUACAUAAAUAAAAUGCAAAUCAAAGAUGUAACCAGUUGUGAUUCACUGCAAGUAGUCAAGUGUCACUAACUCCUAAGGGCAACCAUUUGUAUCUUAUAAAUCAGAAUUACUUAUAGUUUGAAAGCACUUUGCACACAAUUCUUGUAUAUAAAGGAUGUAAUUACAGGAUAUAGUGGUAAUGCUUUAAAACAUGAACCUCAUUUUAAAAAUUGACAGCUAUGGUAUUUUUUUAAUGAUCAGCUUUUUUUGUUUAUUGUAAACCUAAGUUAAAAAUAAAAGGUUAAUGAGAAA